AAACUUGACGUGCGAGACAAGUUUACAACUCUAUACACGUGCUGCUGGUAUGUCAGGGAGAGAUGUGGUAGCAUCCUUUACAGAGCAAGGAUAGCACAGACUUUAUUACCUGUGUGUAUGAUUCGCUGUACGCUCACCUUUCAGGGGAUACUGUGGCACAGUUAUUGGGGCAAGUUCUUAAUCACCUGUUCACAGCAGGCAUCCAUCAUUUGGCACUUUUGGAGGAGAUUGAGGUGUUAUCCACAGCUUACUGUGGAUGUAGACACUUCCUUCAGUUCCUUCAUGGCAAGAAGACUCAGUGAUGUGCGCCUAGCAUGGCUGUGGCUCCUGCACCGACCACCAAGGGACCGGUAUGGCUUUUAGCCGCAUCACUAAACUGGACCCCCCGUCCCGAGGCAUCUUCAGGAAAGCGGUGGUCAUGCUGUGCUCCCUCCUCGCCUCUUUUUUCCUCCUGCACCUCCUCACCGAAAGCUGCACCACCACCACCGGCAACUCACCGCCCAGAGGCUCCUCUAGUCGGGCUGCUGGUCUUUUCGAGGACCUGAGUUCGCUGAGGACCAAGAGACUGGUAUAUGAAUGGACUGGCGGAUCGGAGUUGAACCGCUACGGGACGGCCGCGCGCACCUCACAGGUCCUCGCGGAUGAGCGCGCGACGCAGGAUUCGGAGCUGCCCGAAGAGGCUCUCGUGCUGCCACCUCCGGAUUUAGUAGUUUCCAGGAGAGUGUCGCCCAGGUUCGCAGGUAAAGUCAGUCCGCUCGGGGAGGGGAGCAAGAAGCUACCUCAGGCUCUCAUCAUCGGGGUAAAGAAAGGAGGGACCCGUGCUCUGCUUGAGUUUCUUCGGGUUCAUCCUGACAUCAGAGCCGUGGGAGCCGAGCCGCACUUCUUCGACCGAAACUACCACAACGGGCUGGAGUGGUACAGAGAGCUGAUGCCCAAGACCCUGGAGGGCCAAAUCACAAUGGAGAAAACCCCCAGCUACUUUGUGACCAGGGAAGCUCCUGCUCGAAUCUCCGCCAUGUCCCGGAACACCAAGCUGAUCGUCGUAGUGAGGGAUCCUGUCACUAGAGCUAUCUCCGACUACACACAGACGCUGUCUAAGAAGCCUGACAUUCCCUCGUUUGAGAGCCUCACCUUUAAAAAUAGGACUACAGGGCUCAUUGACACAUCAUGGAGCGCCAUCCAGAUUGGCAUCUACGCCAAGCACCUGGACAACUGGCUGCAGUACUUCCCCAUGGAGCAGAUCCUGUUUGUGAGCGGCGAGCGUUUGAUCAGCGACCCAGCUGGAGAGCUGGGCCGUGUGCAAGACUUUCUCGGGCUCAAGAGGAUCAUCACAGACAAACAUUUUUAUUUCAACCAGACCAAGGGAUUCCCGUGCCUGAAGAAAGCAGAAGGCAGCAGCAAGCCCCACUGCCUUGGAAAAACCAAAGGGCGAACCCAUCCAAACAUUGACCCUGAGGUGGUGCAGAGACUACGAGACUUCUACAGACCCUUCAACAUGAAGUUCUACCAGAUGACAGGAAGAUUUUUUGGUUGGGAUGACUGAAUGUUUAGUUUAAUUUGGGUUUUUUUCUCUUGAAGUUGAGGACUAUCAGAGAGACUGCAAAGGGUCACAACUGACAGAAAAUCAAUAUAAGAUUUUGAGAAUAAAGUUUUGUUGUUAUGAGAAUAAAGUUUUAAUUACAAUAACAUAGUUAUUGGGGAAAAAAGGCUACUUUGGCAAAAAAAAAAAAAAAUUAAUGGAUAAUUCCAAACAUAUAUAAUUAUCAUAUUAAAUUUAGUUUAUUAAAAAUUUUGUAUAUAGAAAUAGUUAUAUUUUAAAAAAUGAUUAAAUAAUUUUUAAUAAUAAUUAUUUGCUAUAUAUUUGAAUGAUAGUACUUUUAAUUAAAGUAGUCAACCCCCUGCCAACCACAGGUCACUAGGGAAAAAUGUGUGUUCCGCAACCGGUUGGCGAGUGGUUGCCGGAGGUUGCUGGAUGUUGCCAAGUGAGAUCUGGCCACAGACCUUCUUGAUUAUUUCGGAGGCUAACAGAUUGCAGUGUUGCCUGUGGACGACCCAAGCUUGUCUCUAAACACUCACCAAACACUUAAUGAGAAGAAAACAUUCUGCUUCAAAGCAUCUUCAUUACAAACUGUAUGAGACGGCUGCAACUCGCUAGCAACCUAAGGCAAGGAGAUUGCCUGUUUGCAGCCAAUUUCACCUAGCUACUGGCAGAAAACCCCAGCAACCACUUUACAGCUGGUCAGAGAAUAUUCAUUUUUUGAUGGCUGCUAGGGGCUGGCUGGUCUCUAAAUCUGUGUGACUACAGCCUAAAAUAUCAGAAAAAGGAUUCGUGGAUUUAAACCCAGAAUCUCCAUAUUUACAGACUUUAGGCAUGGCUGUGAACUGAGCCAGGUUAGAAGGAAAUGAUAUACUGAUUUAAAAGAAGUGAUAGCUUUUGUUUAUUAGUUCACUUGCAUAUGCAUCAUUUGACAUUUGUGUUUUUUUACGAGUAGCUUACUGAGGGUGAAACUUUUUUCUGCUACUUUAUUCAGAACAUUGGAGUUCAAAAACCAUGGAAAUUCCUUACACUUUCUCUAAAAAUUAUUUCCCUAGUGGUUUUUAACCCCUUAUAAAUGGCAUAGCUUUAUGCUAAUCUUGUAUUUUUCUCAAAUUAGUGCAAAUUAAUAUUCAAAAUUUAAAAAUAAAAAAAAACUAUAUAUGUAAAAUUAUUAUAAUCAUUAUUAUUAUUAUAUUAUCAAUAUUAGUAUUGCCACUUUUAAUGCCUUUUUUUUUUUUGCCGAGAUAUGACAUUUUUUCCUAAUAAUUUCGAAGAAUAUUUACACUUUUUCCAAGAACCAGUACUUUUAUGCACUUGUUUGCUUACCGUUCUCUUAGAUUCCCAAAUCUGUUCUCAAAGUCUUGUAUUUUUUUUCCAAACAGUGUUCCCACCACUCCAUCCUCAGCAUUAACGCACUAGCAGCAAUACGGGCCGUUAAAAAAGAGCAAGACGCCCUAUCUCACCUCAGUGGCAGUUUUGAUAUGCAAUAUUUCUCUGCUACAUUUCCAUCCUCAGAGCUCAUUGUGAUCCACGCUCAUGGAGAUGUUUUCUUCAAAAAAAGAAAAAAAUAGAGUGAGUUGUUGAAGGAUUUGCAUCAUAUCUGUCUGCAUUAUCUGGGGAAACUUUUUUUUCUUUCACGUUGCAAGUCCUCGGCUGUGAAAUGGAAAUUAUUGUGUGCUGUGCUUCCUCAAGAGGAUGGGUGAAAUCCCAUAGUGUCCAGGGGCUUCUGAUAAAAACUAAUGCCAUAUAUUAAACAUAACUGCUUUAAAAUGUUCACAUUUUUUCUAGCAAAAGUAAUAUGAAAAGAUAAAACAUAGU